AUGGCCCCCCAAACCAUCCACCACCGCGCAACAUCAAUCCUAGUAAUCGGCGCCGGCGAACUAGGCAGCGCCAUCCUCGACUCUCUAACCACCCACCCGCUCUACAGCCCAUCAACCACGAAAAUCUCCCUAGCCGUCCGCCCAUCAACGCUGACCAGCCCUACCCCAGAGAAACAGGCCCACCAGCACACCUAUCGCGAGAAAGGCGUCCAUCUCGUGCCCGCCGAUCUCGAAGCAUGGUCCGAAGACGAUCUCGCCCGGAUGUUGCGUGACGGACAGUAUACUGCGGUCAUCCAUGCAGGCGGGUUCGGCGUUGGGGCGGGGACUAUGUUGAAAUUGACUCGAGCGGUGUUGAGUGCUGCUGCUGCCAACACCAACACCAACACUACCAACGGUACCGACACUGCCGACACCAACAACCCAGGAAGUGUCGGAAACUCAGGAAGUGUCGAGUACUACGUCCCCUGGCAAUUCGGGGCCGACUACGACGCCAUCACCCGCGCCGGCGGACAGGGCAUGUUCAGCGAACAGAUCGAUGUGCGGGACCUGCUGAGGUCCCAGCAGAGAGUGGACUGGGUGAUUGUCAGUUGUGGCAUUUUUAUGAGUUUUUUGUUUCAAGAGUUUUGGGGGGUUAUGCAGUGCGAACGAAGUGAGCAUGAUCAAAAACGACGUGAGCAUGGUCAAACACAAAGUGAGCAUGAGCAAAAACAGAGUGAGCAUCAGCAAAAGCAGAGUGAGCAUCAACGCGAACAAAGUGAGCACCACCACGAAGGGAAUGCUACCCAGAACCAGAACCAAGACCAAUCUCAAGACAAGAUCAUCACAAUAACAGCCCUAAACUCCUGGUCUGAUUGGAUCACCACAACCACAGCAACAGAUAUCGCAAAAUGUACCGCCGAACUCCUCUACUGUCCAGACACACCCGUCAACCAACCCGUCUACAUCGCCGGCGACACCUUGACAUACAGCGAGUUCGCGGAUGCGAUUGAACGAGCCGUGGCCGAUACCGAUACCGAUACCACAACUUCAACUUCACGCAAGUCCAAUUCCAGUCACCACUCCAAACAUACGCCACUUCUAGUUCGCAACGUCUGGCCCCUCGAGUAUCUGCGUGAAGAAAGUCGACGGGAUCCAGACAACCAGUUGAAACGGUACCGGGUCGUCUUCGCGGAGGGGAGGGGAUUGAGUUGGCCCAAGGAGCAGACGUGGAGCUGGAAAAGGGGUAUGAAGAUGGAAGGCGUGGAGGAGUGGGUGAAGAAGAAUUGGAACUGGAACUGGGGAGGACUGUGA